CCUCCCCUUCAGUCUUGCACAGGUGUACCGGCUCCUCCCCUUCAGUCUUGCACAGGUGUACCGGCUCCUCCCCUUCAGUCUAGCACAGGUGUACCGGCUCCUCCCCUUCAGUCUUGCACGGGUGUACCGGCUCCUCCCCUUCAGUCUAGCACGGAUGUACCGGCUCCUCCCCUUCAGUCUUGCACAGGUGUACCGGCUCCUCCCCUUCAGUCUUGCACAGGUGUACCGGCUCCUCCCCUUCAGUCUAGCACAGGUGUACCGGCUCCUCCCCUUCAGUCUUGCACAGGUGUACCGGCUCCUCCCCUCCAGUCUAGCACAGGUGUACCGGCUCCUCCCCUUCAGUCUAGCACAGGUGUAUCAGCUCCUCCCCUUCAGUCUAGCACAGGUGUACCGGCUCCUCCCCUUCAGUCUUGCACAGGUGUACCGACUCCUCCCCUUCAGUCUUGCACAGGUGUACCGACUCCUCCCCUUCAGUCUUGCACAGGUGUACCGACUCCUCCCCUUCAGUCUUGCACAGGUGUACCGACUCCUCCCCUUCAGUCGUGCACAGGUGUACCGACUCCUCCCCUUCAGUCU